GAUUGUUUCUCCUUUUUACAAUAUUGUAAUGAUCAUAAAAUGAGUAGUUUAAAAGCAAUUAUAAAAAGUGUUGAUAUGCCUGAUGUAAUGCAACAAGAUGCUGUAGAUAUAUGUGCUAUGGCAAUUAAAAAAUAUUCAAUGGAAAAAGAUAUUGCAGCAUUUAUGAAAAAAGAAUUUGAUCGAAAAUAUUCACCUAGUUGGCAUUGUAUAGUUGGAUCACAUUUUGGCACGUAUAUUUCACAUGAAGCAAAACAUUUUAUUUAUUUCUUUUUGGAUAAUCAUGCUGUUGUAUUAUUCAGAACUGGAACAGUCAAUUGAAAAUCAAUAUAUGUAAACUAAUAAUCUUUUUGUUGGACAAUUCUAUCAAUCUAUUGUAUCCUAUUGAUAACAGUACAAAGUUUGCUAUUUUCUACAUUCUGAUUAAAUCACCUUAUCUAUUCUUUUAUAAAGAGAAAUCUUGCGAACAAUCAACAAGUCAUUAUAUAUAUUCUUUAUUUGUCUUACACUUAUCGUCAUACUACUUACUUACUAACGCCUGUUACUCCCAAUGAAGCAUAGGUCGCCAACCAGCUCCCGUGAUAUAUUAUUUCAUAUAAUCAGUAUUUUACAAGAGAUUGAUAUUUUCUAUCAAAAUGAUUAUUUUUUUUUCUUUGAGAAAAAAAACUCUUGUUCAGAAAAGAGCGUAUUUUAUUGUUGUUAAUCUUUAUAUUUGAUUAGAAAUAUGUUUGAAGUGUAUGAGAAUAAAAUGAUCUUUGUAUGAAUUAGUUAUGUUGAUGUAACUGUAAAUAUAGAUAUGAAUAUAGAUAUGAAGUGUCUUAGUUUGAGACAAAUUUCAAAGUGUCAGAACUAAUGGUAACAGUAGGUUGUCCAGAUGAAAAUAGAUAGAAUAGACAAAGAUGGACAGUGGUUAUUAGUGGAAUUCAUGUAUACGCGUUUCAUCUUAUUUGGGACUUGUUAUCUGGAUAUACCUGCAUCACAGAUUUGAUAUAUGCACAUAUGUCAAUAAGAUACUGAUCAAUUUCAGUCUUAAAUAUCAAUAAGAAGAUUCAAGUAAAACAAUACCGAUUGAAUUUAGAUGAAAUAAGGUUUAAAUCUGCAAAGCCAAACAACUUAACAACUAAACAAUAUACAUAUAU